CAGUGGCUAGACCUCUUUCCCAUUAACAGGAAAUGAAAGCUUGCAUGAAUCUGCCAUCCCUAGAAGCUUGGUAAUGGAAGUGAGCAACCACAGCAGUUACGUGUUGGUUCAAAGGAGCCAAAUAAUUUCCUACCAUCAAAAAGGAUUUACAGAGAUACAAUCUGGUCAAAACUAAAAAGCAACUUCUGAUUUAUGAGAAAAGCUUUGUGGUAUAUUGUUUUGCACAGGAAAUACACAUGGGAAAAAAAUCAGUAAGGCUGUAACUUGAUACUGAUUUCUUAAGAGUAACUUGUGUGUGCUCACUUGAGCUUACCUUCCGGAAAGCACCAAACAUAGUACUACAAUGCAGGCCGACUACAAGAAAAAAUAUGGAAAUUCUGGAAAACGUAUUAUAAAUCCAAAGAAUGUGUUAGAAUUGUUCUAUGAUAAGAAAGAAGAGAAAAAGGAUAAAGCAGCACAUGUCAUUCAAAAAACCUGGAGAAGAUGGCUGGAUAUGGGUGUAUUUGAAUAUUAUAAAGAGCUUAUAGGCUUUAAGAAAUAUGGGGAACCUUGCCAUCUUAUGAAGUACAUUGAGCCUAGAGAGGCAGAAUUUUUAGAUGCUGCAGCAGGAGUUCAUAUUAAAUUCAGACUAGGUGGGGAAAAGUUUCCUCCCAGCAUAUAUUAUAAAAUAUUUACUCAUAGACCUAUUGUGGAUUUGUGUGCAAAUAGUCCCAAAGACUAUGCGAAGAUGGCAACCCAAUCAAAUCCAAGAAAGUUGCAGAAAGGGAGCGUCAAUGAAAGUACUAGUGACUGGUAUCAACGCAUCGAGAAUAAUGGCUGGAGACUUCUUUCCAUUAGAUAUUGGAAGGGUGUGGACUCUUUAACAACGAAAGACAAUACCAAAAUACAGGAAUUCCAUCAUUCUCCUCAACAGAGGAAACGGAACAUGGUAAAAAGAAGAAAAGCAAGAAAAAUUGAAUGGCUGAAAAAAAUGUAUUUUGGAGAAAAUCUGCAGGUUAAAACAGAGAAUCCUGAGGCAAUUGUUUUAAUUCAGAGAGCAACAGAAGGGCUAAUCAAGUCCCUGGAGAAGGAAGGAAUAGAUCAAGUGAUGGAAUGGGAAGUAGAUGAAAUGUUAAAGUGGACAAAUGCAUUGAAUUAUGACAAAUAUGUUAAACUAUGGAAAGAAGUUGGAACAAGCAAGACUUCAGAAAGUUUUCAAGCUUUCCGGUUUACUCAACACGAUAACAUUUCUGAAUUGAUACCAAACAAGAUCCAAGAAAUAGUGAAAUCUCAGAUAUUAUCAACUCACUUGAAGAAGAAGAAAUAAUCUAUCUGACAAGUGAACAUUCAGCAGUCACAACAGUUAUCAACAUAAAGCUUCAGAAGACAAAAAAUAAAAACACGGUAUAAAAAGAUGGAAUCUAUGCAUUUGUGAAGCUAACGUGCCCUAACAUAAAAUGUAAUGAACAUAUAGAAGUUUGUAAUUAAAUUUGUUCAGUUUUGUAGUGAACUUAUUUUGUGAUAGAUGACAUGCCUGUUGUGAUACACACAAUUUCUUAGUAUUUCUAAAUUCUUCAAGAGUUAUUUUCAAUUUUUAAUUAUUUUGAUUCUGGCAAAUUUAAGGUAUUACAUAUAAGUGAGCAAGGAUGUGGAAACAACACAAUCACAUAUUGGUAGCAAGGGCAGAAAGAGGUCCCUGCUGAGGUUUAGCAUCAAUCUAUAAAUAACCUAAGUGACCAUGCAUUUCUGUGCUUAUCCAUUACCAGGGAAAUCAUAGUUGGAAUGUUAAUUAAAAGAUCAGGGGUUUCCAAAGUGAAUGAACCAUUUCUCAUUCAUAGGGGAGUGGGAAAGGGAUUGUCAAAAUUUACAGUUUAAAGGUGGCACUGAUUGACGUUAGAAGUAGACAAAAUGAAUAUAAAAAUGUAUGGAGUAGUAUGUGGUAGAAAGGCUCGUUCUAAUCUGAUUUCAUUUCUUGACCAGGUUACCAUUCUGUAGCAUAAAACUCUCAGAAAAUGUAUUGUAUUGUACACAUGUAUGAAUGUUUGUAUUCAGCACGCUUGUGUUUGCCUUACAACUGAGAAAAUUUCCCAUGCAACCGUGAAAGUUAUAAAGACAUUGCUUUUCACUGAAAUGUUUCAAUAUAUAUAUAAAGCAUUUAAAUAAAUUAAUAAAAAUCAGUAGCAGGAA